AUGCCGACCUCGUUGGUUUCGAGUCGGUCGGCGCUGCGUCUACCCCUAGCAGGAGACGCCGCACCGGCAAGGGCAAGGUGGGCAAGGGCGCAGGAGGGGCUGGCGGGGGCAGUGGAGGUGGUGGUGGAGGCAGUGGAGGGGGUGGGGGUGGUGGUGGGAGUGGUCGUGGGGGUGGAGGUAUCGGUGGCAGCAGUGGAGGCGGAGGAGGCGGCGGCGGUGGCGGAGGGAGCGGAGGCAGCGGAGGGAGCGGAGGCGGCGGAGGUGGCGGAGGCGGCGGAGGUGGCGGAGGCAGCGGCGGCAGCGGUAGAGCUGGCCGCGGCUCUGCGCAGAGGAGUGGGUCCAGUGGUGGUCCGCGCCAGCAGCACCAGCGCAAUCGUGAGGCCCUCUCCCCUCAGCAGCUUUGUGAGUGGUACGCUGGGCGACAGCGCGGUGGGGGUACUGGUCCUUGCACCUACGUCCUCCGUACGGGCGACCGCGCUGGUGAGCAGUGCGGGGGCCCGCACUCCACCCAGCGCUGCUUCGGCCGCCUGA